AGCUAUGGAAGGAGAAUGAGCACGGGAAGUUUUCCUGGAAGCAGCUAUGAUGGCUACUCUCCGUUUGGAUAUAGUGAUGGCCUCAUUGAAGUUGGCGGUGGUAUAGUUGGCCACUUUGUUGCUGGGAUGGGUGGUGAUCCCAGUCACAGUGACAUCGUUUUCUCUUCCGUUGAUGGGAAAACGAUCAUGCAGAACCUCAACGACCGUCUGGCCAAUUACUUAGACAAAGUCCGAUGCCUGGAGGCCGAAAAUGCUGACAUUGAAGCCAGAAUCGAAGCUUUUGUUGACCAGCACGGGCCCAUUGGUGACCCCAAGGACUAUAGCCACUACUAUCAACACAUUGAGGAGCUUAAAAACCAGAUUAUUUGUGCAUCUGUGGAAAACAACAAGAUCCUUCUCAAGAUAGACAACAGUCAGAUGAAUGUUGAAGACAUGAAACAGAAACUUGGGACGGAAUAUGGCCUUCGUCAGAAUGUGGAAGCUGACAUUAAUGGGCUACACCCCAUUUUGAAUCAAAUGACCCAUAGUAAAUUGGACUUGGAGGCUGAACUCAAAUUGUUGCAAGAGGAAAUUUGGAAUCUUAAGAAGACCCAUGAUGAGGAACUGAAGUCCUUGAAAAAACAGACCAGUGACAUCAAUGUCCAACUCAGCUCCUGCUCUGGACCAGAUCUGAAAAAAAUCCUGGAGGAUAUGAGACGUAAAUAUGAAGCAAUGAUCGACUUGAACCGCAAACAAGUUGCAGAGUGGUAUAAAGGCAAGCUUGAGGAGGUGAACCAGGAAGUCUGCACCAGCAGCAAAGAAGUGGAAGACGGCAGGCAGAAGAUCAUUAAUCUGAGACGCCAGCUACAAGGCUUUGAGAUUGAUCUUCAAGCCAAGUGCACUAUGAGAGACACGCUGCAAGCAUCGCUAGCUGAGACAGAAGGCCGCUACAAUGACCAUCUAGCCAAAAUACAGGGCCAGAUAAUGAGCACAGAGCAGCAACUGGCAGAGCUGCGCUUGGAAAUGGAGGACCAGGAUCAAGAAUAUAAAGAGCUUCUGAGUGUUAAAAACCGGCUGGAGUAUGAAAUUCAGACCUACCGUUGCCUGCUAGAAGCAGGGCAGCAAGACGACAAAAGAGGAGGGGGAGCAGGAGUCACACACCCAUGUUCAGCUGGGAGCAGAGGGGAAAAAAGUGUUCCAUCUACCAAAUGCCAACCAAGCCAAGCGACAUGCCGCCGUUAGUCAUGUCUGCCUCCGAACGGACCAGAGCACAACAGAAGCAUAUAGAAUACUUCUACAGAAAAGCAACUGAUUGAUCAAGGCACUCAAUUUUUUUCUAGUUCACAGCUAUUGGAAGCCACUCAAGGAGAAUAGAAGGCAUCAGUUUGCUUCUAAUUUUAGCCCUCACCUGAUCGUCCAAUAGGCAACUAUUUAACAUCUAGUCAUAAGGUUGCUCAAGUGCCUCCCUCCACCUGUCUCCUUUGCACCUGACCAGUUCUUUGCUUUUAGCUUGUGCAAACACCUUCGUCAAAUAAAUCUGUCCUGCAGUUCAUUUACUAACCCAUUCAUGUCUAAUAAAGGCUUUGCUGGUUGCAACUGAACCCCAAAGACCUGACAGCAUGAAGGGUCAGCUGACGUAUGAGA